CAAGCAUCGGAUUGUGAUUCGCGUUCAUUCCAUCCCGUCAUAGCUGUUAUGUGGCGUACUCGUAGUGAACUGGAAAAAAGUAUGAUCGAAGGUGAAAAUGGACCAAAAGUCUAUCGACAGAAAGCCAGCGAAUACACUUCUUUGUGCAGCGAAAUGCGAUCGUUUUUGAGAGUUGCAGCAAGUAUUGCUCCAGUAGUUCAAGGAAUAUUUAACGACGCUGAAAUUAUGUCAGAAGAAAAGGAUUCUGCUCAGCUGCAGCUAACGCUUGCGCAACUUAAGUCCUUUGCUGUGAGCGCUUUGAGCUUCAGACAGAAAAUCCUCACUAAAUUCUCUUCAUUUGUGGACAUCUCAAUGACAUUCCUUCAAGCCGUUAAUAUCUUUGUUUGUGCACUAUACGAAGCUUGUGGCAUAAUCGAAAGUGUUGAACGGCGCCGAGAAUUACGUAUUAGCACCGCCUUCCCAAUGAACUUCCAGCUUAAACUAUCCGAGCAAGGCCUCGAAAGUCUAGAACUGCUCUCUUGGGCCUCUCGAGAUGCCUCUCCUAUGCCUCUACGCUUGAAAGCAGCAGUGGUACGCCACAGAGUCUCUCUUUGCAUUGACCCUCUGUAUGACCUGGAAUGGAUACGGCGUCAAUGGCAAAAGUGGUCAGUUUUCUGGUGCUUUCCUGACACCACUCGGUGUCACAACGACCCCAUUACGAUCCCGCUCUUUGAACAGUCCCACACGACUCGCGGCAUUUUAAAAUUGCCUGAAGUUGUCAGCUAA